UAGUAGGUAGCCAAGAAGAGAAGGAGAAGGAUGUUGCAGAGAGCUGCAAGCAAUGCUUACUCAUGGUGGUGGGCAAGCAACAUCCGGUCCAGCCAGUCCAAAUGGCUUGAUAGCAGUCUCCAAGAAAUGGAGGAAAAGGUGAAACGAAUGCUGAAAAUCAUCGAUGAAGAUGCCGAUUCUUUCGCAAAGAGGGCCGAAAUGUACUAUAAGAAGAGACCAGAGUUGAUGAACUUUGUUGAAGACACCUACAAGGCUUACAGAGCAUUGGCCGAAAGAUACGACCGGAUUUCGGGGGAGUUGCACAAGGCUAAUCACACCAUAGCAACUGCAUUUCCUGAUCAAGUUCAAUUUUCGAUUGAAAACGACGAUGAUAAUGAUGGUUUGCCGAGAGCUAUCACAUCGAUUGAUUCAAGUAACAUAGUUCACAAAUCACAUGUAGAAAUCCACAACAACAGGCAUGAGAAGCCGGUCGAUAAAAAUACGAAAAAUCUGAGAGUUGCUUCUCAGAUCAGCAAAGAGAAUGCUCAGGAGGAGAUUGACAGGCUUCAGAAAGAGAUACUGGUUCUUCAAACUCAGAAGGAGUUUGUCAAAAGCUCUUAUGAAAGUGGAGUUGCUAAAUUCUGGGAAAUUGAGAAACAGAUUGGAGAGAUGCAGGAAGAAGUAUGUUUCUUGCAGGAUCAUUUCAGUGCAAGUUCGGUUAUCGAAGAUGACGAAGCCAGAGCUUUGAUGGCGGCGGCGGCCCUUAAAUCUUGCCAAGAUACAUUGGUUAAUUUGCAGGAACAGCAGAACAGAUUGAAGGAAGAGGCGAGAAUAGAAUCGGAAAGAAUCAAGAAUGCCGAUGCAAAGUUGAGAGCUCUCAAAGGACAGAUGAUGGAUAACUCUGAUGAAAUUACAAGCAUGGAAGAACAAGUUCCGGAUUUGAAACCAGAGAGACUUGAGUUGCAGUUAAUUUGUGAUAAAGUCAAGACACAUUUUGAAAAGAACUCUGAAGCGUCCGUUGGGGAGUUAGCAGGGAAGAUCGAUCAGCUUGUCGAUAAAGUCAUUGGUUUGGAACUUACAGUUUCAUCACAGAAUGUCGAAAUAAGGAAACUGCAAUCAGAAGUCGAUGAGCUUCAGAAGCACAUGCAGUGUCUGGAAAUGGAGAAAAAGACUCUGACUGAUAACUCAAACAGUUCGAUCGAAAGGUUGAAUCAAGCUGAAGAGAUGCUGCAGAGAAUUAAGGAGCUCGAGAAAUGUGUCAAGGAUGCGAAAAACGUCCUCAGUUCUCACUACAUUGAAGCCUGCCAUAGCCUCAAUGAUCUUUCUGAAAAAUUACAGUGUUCUGAAUGUCAAGAGAGCAAGAGUUCCUGUCUCAGUUCUGCAGAAAUUCCUGAUGACAAGGAUUCAUGCUCUCUAGACACAGACAAAAAUGUUAAAUUCUCUGACGACUCAAGAAAUUUGAGGAAUGACACGGAUGAUGACAGAUUCAAAGAUAAUGUUUCAUCACAAGCAGUAGAUAUAAUUCAAUCGAACGACGCACAUGAUGAUACUGAAGAUGACCUUUGGAAUUUGCAGCUAUUACUGUCAAAAGGUCUCGAGGAUAGAGAAAAGGUCUUAUUGGCUGAGUACACCGGAAUCCUUCGAAACAACAAAGACAUCAAGAAGAAGCUCUCUGAAGUAGAGAAGAAAUACCAAGAUUAUCAGAGCGAGAUAAUUGUACAAGUAAAGGAGUUGAAGAGUUCUAAUGCCAUGAAAGACGAAGAGAUUAGACUGCUAAGGGAGAAGUUGAUCUUACUGCAAGAUUGUUCCAAUGAGAGCAAAAAUGCAACUCUAGCAAAUGGGGGAAACCCGUUUCUCGGCAAGCUUGAAAGCAUGUCAACCUUCUCCAAAUUUAGAUCAAGGAGUACUAAACAGCAAGACUCAGCAGAUACAGCAAACUUAAAUGUAGAAGAAAUCAAUUCAUGUCGUAUUGGAGAACCACCUGCUGUUUCUGAAAUUGAAGAGAAGUUCAGAAGGGACAUUGAUUGUGUUCUAGAAGAGAACUUAGAGUUCUGGUUACGAUUCAGCACGACAUUUCAUCAUGCGCAGACAUUGCAGACUAGAUUUGAUGAUCUUCAAGCUGAGAUUGUGAAGCAGAAAAAUAUCAAGACACAACCAGACAGCAACGAUGGAAGCUCCGCAGACCAAUCACAAAUAUCUGGGUCCAAGCCCCCAUUCGAAAAUCGGCUGAGAGAACUAAAGACCGACGUUCAAGUAUGGUUAGAACAAAAUGCCAUGUUAAAAGGUGAACUAAAGCAGAGAUUCUCUUCUCUUUGUGAAAUUCAAGAUGAGAUAUCAAGAGUUUUGAAGGAGAGUUCAGAAGGCGGCGAAGUUCAAUUCACUCAAUAUCAAGCUGCAAAGUUUCAAGGAGAGGUGUUGAACAUGCAACAGGAGAAUAACAAGGUAUCAGAUGAACUACAAGCAGGGCAAGAUCAUGUGAGGGCGCUUCAGGUUGAAAUUGAAAAGAUUUUAUCUAAGUUGCAAGAGAAGUUUGAACUAUCAGGACCGAGGAGCAGCCACCACAGUCACCCUUUCCGGCAUUUCUCAAGUAAGGCUAAGAUACCAUUGAGGUCAUUCCUUUAUGGUGUCAAACCUAAGAAGCCGUCCAUAUUUGCUUGCGUGAGUCCUGCAUUGCAGAAACAGUACAGUGAUCUGCAAGCCGGACUCCCGACAUAAAAAUUAGAUCACAGUAUCCUGGUGAGCAAUGAACAUUUGCAAGAUAAUUCAUCAAUGGGGGAUUGCAGGCAUGGUGAUUGAUUUCUCAUAUGUGAACUUCCAAG